CCACGGUUUUUCAUUUCUCAAUGAGUUUGGGAGGGGUAGAAUCAUGCGUGUGUAUUUCUGAAUUCCGGAUUUAUGCUUUAAUUUAUUAUGUAUUGUCGUUAAAUAAUGUGUACGUUGUGCUAUUGCGAAAAUGUGUGUUGAAUGAACCUAUAAAUAUAGUGUAACAUACUUUGCUCAGUUUCUUUCUAUUCUAUGGGCGUUGAUAAUCAUGCAAAAUGGCCAACGAUUUGUGGUCAUGUACCUGUUGUACGGAGGCACUUACGUGUUGGUUGCGCCUAAAACUAUCGCCCGAGGAGAUAGAGCAGCGAUACAGGAGCAAGGAAAUAGAUAGAAUAUUAGAGAAGGAGAAGCAGACACUGCGACGACAAGUAAAACUAUUGCUGCUCGGUGCGGGUGAAAGCGGAAAGUCAACAUUCCUGAAACAGAUGAGGAUAAUACACAAAGUGAAGUUUGAGCCGGAACUGGUGCGCGAGUACCAGCAUGUCAUAUACCAGAACAUAGUGAAGGGGAUACAGGUGCUGGUGGACGCGCGGGACAAGCUGGCGAUCCCGUGGGAGAAUCCGAGGAACCUGGACAUCGGGCAGCAAGCGCUGCACUUCAACAGCACCUCGUCGCUCGACAGCCGGCUGUUCGUGCACUACGCGCCACACAUACACAGCCUGUGGUUGGACAGAGCCAUAAAAAGGGCCUACGACAGGCGGAGAGAAUUUCAAUUGAGCGAUUCGGUGAGCUACUUCUUCGACGAGCUAGAACGCAUCGCGAGACCUGACUACGUGCCCUCCCACCAAGACAUCCUGCACUGCCGGAAAGCCACCAAAGGCAUCACGGAAUGCACUAUCAACAUCAACAAUGUGCCAUUUGUAUUCGUCGACGUUGGGGGGCAGAGGACCCAGAGACAGAAGUGGACGCAAUGCUUCGACUCCGUCACGUCUAUAUUGUUCCUCGUGUCUUCUUCAGAGUUCGACCAGGUCUUGUCAGAAGACAGGAAAACGAACCGCCUUGAAGAGGCGCUAAAUAUCUUCGACACGAUCGUGAACAACGUCAACUUCAAAGGUAUCUCGAUCAUCUUGUUCUUGAACAAAUCCGACUUGCUCGCGCGCAAGGUGGCGAGCAAGGAGACCGACAUACGCUGGUUCUACCCGCAGUUCGCGGGCGAUCCGCACAACCUCCGGGACGUGCAGAUGUUCCUGCUCAACAUGUUCGCCAACGUCAGGAGAGAGCCCAAGACCACGCUGUACCACCACUUCACCACCGCUAUCGACACGCACAACAUCGAAGUCGUCUUCAACUCGGUCAAAGACACUAUACUCAAUCGUAACCUAGAAUCACUCAUGCUACAGUGACCGACCCGACAGCUAACCACGGAAUUGUUCAAUUGUGAUAUCUGCUGGCAAUAUUUCAUUUCGUGAUUUUUCCAUGAUAGUGUUCUUGUAAACUUGCUUUAUCAGCAUAAUAGUGUAAAGCACAUUCGAAAAGACAAACUUUGUGAUUUGUUGAUGGCCUAUCGGUCUAAGUGCGUUUUUGUAUAAAUGUAAUAUUAUGACGUGUAUUUAUUUACCAAAUGUAUGGGAUUUGGUAAAACUAUGUACCUUAGUGUAAACGUAUUGUAAUUAUAAAAUUUGUAUAUCAGUAUAUUUAUGACCAAAAAUUUAGAUUUUGCACGUGAUGGACAUUGUUAUGAUCAUUGAGAUGUUAUGACGCGACAGUGUGCGAGAGGGCACCAAACUGCGCGAUAUUGUAAACGUAGACUUAGAGGAGCGGACGGUAGCCAGGGGGUUACACUAAUGCAGUUUUUCUAAAUUAUUAUAGAUUGUUUAUAUAUUUAUUACACUUUUAAUUCGCUUGCGACGUUUUGGUUGUGUUAGGACUGACAAUUUUACCCAAUGAAAGAAAUCUACGAAAAUGCCAUGUAACUUUAUUUACUUUCGUAGGUAUACUAUGUACGGUUUUCUCAAAAUUCACGUGAAGUGUAUCACAGCUUGUAGCCACGACAUGUAUCAUUAAAAUAUUUAGUAAAUUAGUUUAAUGUAUGAUUUGGUGCAGUUGUCAGUCCCUUGUCGCAAGUGUUUAUUUGUCAAUGUAGCAAUGAGCAGUGCCAAGUCGUAGCGAGUGGCGUAUCGCCGCUGUAUCGUUAGAUCUAGUUACAAUGAGAUUGCUCUUAUAGGGUGCCACGAAGCAAAGGCCCACCUUUGUGAUGGGAAGACUUUAUAUAAAUCCCUCCCGGGAGUAAAAAUGUAUAUAAAUAACCAUUGUUAGAGAAAUCGUUUAUAAUCUGUGAUUAAAAGUGUAAAAAGUAUUAGGCUGUAAACAGCAACGAAAUGUGUCUCUUGCAACAAACAUGCUUUUUGACGUUUGACACGGUUGACAUGACGCUCAAAUUUUUUCAUUCAAUUUUUUUAUAUGCUGAUGUUGGUACCUUUUUAGUCGGUCGUUCUAAUCUUACGAGUAUUCCGUCCCUUGGCACAAUUUAAUGCAAAGACGUGUAAUCUCACUAUUGCUUCUACCACGUAUUCUUAAUUAUAAAUAUUUUGUACAAUAUACAACAUAUAUAUACAAAAUAAGGCGGGCACAGAGGUGAACAACCUUUUUUGAUAAUUUUAAUGUGAACGUUAUCUGCACUUGCAUAUGUACGUGAGAGGGAAUGAUCUGAUUUUAAUUAUAAUUUUAAGUACAACGCAUAAUUUUCGAUCAUAAUAAUUAUACUCAUUUAGUUGUAAGUGUCAUAUAAGCUUUAGCAUAUUUAUUUUGAGAUCAUCUACAACUAUUGUUUAUUUACGUGAGAGUUUUAGAUAGAAGUUAUCUAUUUAUUAUGUGUACAUUUUUAUGGAUGGUUUACUGAGGCUAAAUGUGUAAAUACCUCUUAAUUUUACUAUGUAUAUCGUUUCUUAGUAUUUUAGUUUUAAUGAUUUCGGUGAAUAUAAUGGUCUGAUCGGUUAGAAAUGAAUUGCGGAUUCUAUUUCCAAUAUCAGUGAUAAAUUUGCAUUUAGUAGUGCCAUUGUGUGGUGCAAACAGUGUUGCCACUGAAAAAAAAAACAUGCCUAACAAUAUAAUGUCAACACUGCCGCGUGAAAUUGAUUCCAAAUUUUUGAACGCAUCUAUAUGAAAUUUAUAUUGGGAAUAUUUAAUUGACAUAAAAUAUAUUCAUAUCCUGUUAACAGUGCUAUUUUUUUAGAAUCCAUAGAUUUAGCCGUUUGAAUUCUAGACUGGUUUAUUAUCAAUUAACUUUUUUAUUGAUGCCAAAGGUUGACUAACAUCUAGAUAUGACGCGAAGGGAAAACGAUAAUCUCUGUAUACAAUUGUCAGGUGCUCAGAAUUGGUAAAAAAAAAAUAAAGUUAUUUUUAAAGGCCUGACUUCUAAGAAAACUUUUGCAUUGUUUCUUUACUACAUACAUUAAAUUUCAACCGUAAUAAUCAACAUGAAAGUAUGAUUGUAAUUUGUACAUUUGUGUAGAAUUUUCGACCGUUUCCUAUAUUCUUUUACUUGUCUAGUUUACGAAGUCAUGCCUUUAUGAUAAUCUUAACUGUUGCACUACAGAUUCUUAUAUUUUCUAGUACAUUCUACCCGACUGCGUACUUGAUAAAUGAGAGUAAUGCUUUUAAGGUUGUAUGCAAAUUAAUGUAAGAAUCUGUAAUCAGUAGUGAACGAAAUAAAUCACAAAGAUGAACCGUUUUUAACGAUGUUGGCAAAUGUAUUAGUACGGAUUUCAAUAACAUAUCUAUCUUUCGUUUUGGUCACCAGAAACCAAUGUCUAGUAAACAAAUAGACUCGUAGAUAUGUUAUUGAAAUUCACCAUAAGUGUUAAUGGGUCUCAAAUUAAUAACGAGGUGUGAUUUAUAAAUUAGUUUGUAGCUGUUGUGCGGGGCAUUGGUUUGACGUCUUCAUUAAUUGAAACGAAACAAUUAAGAAAGUAUUCAAAUUUAAAAUGGUUUAAAAGUACUAUGCCACUAAAUUGUCAGGUCCCAGCUGCCACUUUAACAUCUUUGGUAGUCUUUACGGGUAGUCCAAAGCCAGAAAGUCUGACAACUAAUUUUACCAAGGGGUACUUGGGUUGCUCAGGUAACUGGGUUUAGGAGGUAAGACAGGCAGUCGCUCCACCUAAGACAUUCGUACUCAGCUGCAUCCCAUAGGACUGGAAGCCGACCCCAAUAUGAUGAUGAUGUACUUUUCUUAUUAAAAACUAGCUCAAAAUGUGAAUGGUUUUGAAAAGAAAACAAAUCUUGCCUUCUUUAGCUUUUUAGAUCAAUUUUCAAAUAACUUACUUUUAUAUCAGUAUUCUAGCUUUUUACAAGUUUUAAUAGUGCAGCUGUUUUCUAAUGAUGUGAAUUAACUUUAAUAAAAUUGUAGUUGUACAUAAUAAUGUCACAAUGAAUUUCGUCAACUUUUUUUACUUCAGAAUGAAUUGUGAAUAAAUAAAAUUUCUAUAAAAAUGCAAUGAACCAUAUCGUUUGAAAGUUCCCGCGUACAUGUGUAAGAUCUACCGUUAAGAUCAAGAAAUAAUAUUUUAUUCAAUUCCCAAAAAAGCAUAACGAAAGUCCCACACAACAGGGGUAGUUUAAUAUAGGGUGCCAAACGUAUCGCUCGAAAUAUCUGCGAACUUAUAUCGUUAGGCGUAUAGAAACAUGUAUAUUGGUAAAUGAUCGGUAAAAAGCCUAAGUUGGUCGAUGUAAGAUGUAUGUUAUGAAUUAUAAAAAUAUGUUAGGAAUCAAUUUACACUCAUGUUAAUGUAUGCUAGAGUGUUGACAAUAUCUUUUGGAAUUCCUCUAUAUUUUGUAUACAGCCCAAUAUUUAUUGUACAGUGUAAUAAAACACCAUGCAUGUAA